AUGAUCAAAAGUUUUGCCCAGGAUAUCGCCAAAAUUGAGGUCGGAAAGGACUGGCCGUAUAGCUUCGUCCGACGUAACAGCGAUGAGCUCGGUUGCACUUGGUUCGACGGUUUUGAUAUCGCAAGAAAGAGAGCAGACAAUGCUUCUAGAUACAGAGCCUACUAUGAGCUUAUUGGCGAGAAAAUCGAGAAAUACGACAUCCUGCCUUGCAACACGUAUAAUGUGGACGAAAAGGGCUUUCUCCUCGGCGUCAUCAAUCGUACCAAGAGAGAUGGCAACAGAUCAUGGAUCACGUUCCUGGCAUGUGUCUGCCAAGACCUGACCGCGCUACCCCCGUUUCUCAUCUACCAAGGCAAGCCAGGGCAAGUUCAGGACUCCUGGCUCACGGAGUUUGAUCCGGAGCACCAAGCGGCGUUUUCACAACCUCAGAAACGGGCGCGAAACGGCCGGGAUUACCGCCUCCUGAUUACCGACGGACACUCUAGUCAUGUCAAUAUGGACUUCCUGGAGUGGUGUGACCAGCAUCGGAUAAUCGUUGCCGUGUUUCCGCCGCAUUCCACGCACAGGCUGCAGCCCCUGAUGUGUCCCUUUGGCCCUCUUUCGACCGCAUACACCAACCAGCUCAUCCAGUGGACUGCAAAGACACAGGGACUCAUCGGGCUAUCGAAACGCGAGUUCUGGUCGUUAUUUUGGAACGCAUUCGGGUCAUCUUUCUCGGCGGAGAACAUCGCAAGUGGUUGGAAACGGACCGGACUCCUCCCAUUUGACCCUGAAGUCGUUUUGUCGCAGAUCGCGGAGAAAACAGAAGAUGAGUCUGAGUCUGGCGACAGCUCCGUUGACUCGCUCGCCCUGCAGCAGCCCACUGCUCGGGAUUUGCGCCGACUUGUCGACAAGAACGAAUUGCUUCGAUAUGAGAAUCAGGGACUUCGGGAGACUAUCUUUCACGAAAAGCAGCGCAGAAUGCGCGGUAAAGCUCUGAAGGAUUACCUUUUCGAUCGUGUAGAUCCUAACUCGGCGCAGGUAUUUAGCCCUGCAAAAGUGGCCCAAGCGCGCUUGAAGAAAGCAGCCAUGGAGACUCAGAAGCAAGAAGAGGCCUUGGAGAAAGAACGACAAAGACGUCAGGCAAAGGAAGCCAGACAACAAGAGCGGGAGAAAAACAGGCAGAUACGGAAAGAGCUCAAGCGAAAGAACCAGAAAAAAUGUCGGAAAUGGGAUCCGGACCUCUGUUGCUCCACAGACUCGCGAGAAGAGUCCGGGCGUUCGAGACGAGAUUGUCGUCGCCAUUUCGGCUCCACCAGAACCGACGACAGCUCCGGAACACUCAAAAUCGCCAAACAUUAA